CAGGCGGGGCGACGGGCGCCGGGCCCCCAGGAGGGGCGGUGGGUGCCGGGCCCCCAGGAGGAGCAACAGGCACCGGGCCCCCAGGAGGAGCGACAGGCACCGGGUCCCCAGGAGGAGCAGCAGGCACCGAGCCCCCAGGCGGAGCGGCGGGCGCCGGACCCCCAGACGGAGCAGCGGGCACCGGAUCAUCAGGCACGACAACGGGCAUCGGGUCACCAGGCAUCAGGUCAUUUGGCUCGCCAGCGGGCACCGCGUCAUCUGGCAAGGCAGUGGGCACCGAGUCACCAGGCACGACAGUGGGUUCCGAGUCAACUGGCAUUGGAUUGUCUGGCUCGACAGCGGGCA